CGUGCGCUGGCUGUGCGCCAACACGUUGCGCAUGCGCGUUAAAUAGCUUACAUCAAUUUUUUCUCGCUUCUUUCUAAUUCUGAACGCGUAAACUCGCAGUAUAAGUGACAGUGAUGGUCUUAAACAUAAUUAUUUAAAAUUAUAUCGUAGUUAGUGAUUUAUAAAAAGUUUGUGGUGAUAAUGUCUCCAAAGUGUCCAGUGUCCCCAUUACAAGAAGUAACACUCUCUUUAGUUGGUAGACAGUUAAUACACGCGCUAUCUCGUGUUACAACAGACGAAGAUGUCGAAUUGCCCUUCGCUAUGGUAUCCUCUUACUACGAAAGUAUGGGAGCUACCAACGACAUAUUCCAGGAUUUACUCAACUUGAUACUCAGUUCCGAAUACCUCGAACCGUCGAUACGAUAUUUAUCAAUGAAACUCCUGCUUAAAGAAAAUGUGAAGAGUCUUGCGACUGGGAUCUUCCCUUGCCAGUAUUACAGGAAAGUACUAGAAUUGAUCACAGAACAAGGUAAACAUCUGACUGCCCUCAAUUUAAAAGGUGUAUGGGUUAAAGAUGAACAUCUACCAUUAUUCUAUCAGCUGAUAAAGAAUCUAACAAAUUUAACGACUUUAAAUAUACCGUAUAUGGCGAAUGAUGAAGUGCUCAAAUUUAUAGGUGAACAUAACAAAGUGCUCAAAUUAUUAGACGUGUCAGGUGAGACGGAUAUCACGGAGAUUGGAAUAGAUGCUAUGCUCACAGGGAAUCCACAACUUACACAGAGUUUAACUGUAGUUAAUAUAGGUAUGUACGGUGAAGAGAAUGUGGAUCAUACGGAUGUCGCUUUGUUGAUACGACGUCUGCCUAACCUGACGAAUCUCGGAAGCUAUUCGUUUGUGGGUAAAGCUAUUUAUUAUAUUCACAACAACGACUGCCCGCCGGGAUUUAAAACAAAACUACAGUACAUGCACGACGCUAGAACUAAUUUAAGGACGAUGAAAGCAAUAGUCGCUCUAUGUCCGAUGUUGGAGACAAUAUAUUUAGAAGAGCCCGAUCAAGGUGUGCUGCAAUUGAUAAAAGAUUUGAGUAAUGUAAAUAAGAUUAAAUUAAAUAAAUUUCAAUGUCACGAAUUACAUCAGCUGUUGGAUAAGAUAGGUUAUAAAAUUAUAACGCUGAUGCUCUCUGCUUCAUUGGGGUCGUUCAAUUUUACGAGGAUAGCCGAAACUUGUACCAAUUUAGAAAGUCUGGAAUUCUAUCAGAUACAGACGGCGACUCAUGAAGAGGAGGUACCGUUUAACAAGCUGGAACAUAUCGAAAUAAUACAUGGUAACCUCUCAACGCAAUGUUUGAAAUAUUUAAUGACUUCCAGCCCUAAGUUAAAGAAGUUGAUCAUAGGAGAUGAAAUUCUUCUGGACGAUUGUGAUAUGUCAAGGAUGCUCCGUCGCUACAAGUUCCCGUAUUUAGAAGUCACUCCUGACGAGAUGAUGCUUAUGCGCGCUAUCUAUGCCAGUACAAAUACUGAUAUCAUACUGUCCCCGUUAGGUAUAUUCCAACAAGGCAAUUAAUGUGCAAAAAUUAAUAUGUCAUCUCAUCCAUAGAUGGCAACACAACAUGUUAUUUUAUAAGUGCUUUUUACACAAUUAUUUAUUAAAUAAAUACUAACUGGUUUACCAUUGAAAUCAUUUUGACAAUAAUUAAUUUUCUUACCAUGGAAUCCAUAAUUUUUUGUAGUGAUUAUUAAUGUCUUAACCAGAGGAGUGAAUCUGUUUUAAAUUUUAUACAUGUCCUUACUUAAAGAGGAUCUAAGUACCAACAUCUUUUUGCCAAAUGCACAUGAUCAAAUAAAAAAUACGAUUGUUUAA